CACUGUGAGUGUGGUCCUCUCGAACAAGAAGGCAGGCACGCUUCCCACCUCAUGUUUAGGGAAAUGGAGACUCAAACUACAUCAGGAACUUGUCCUGUGGCCAGCAGAUUUCCGUAGGGAUUUGUCCUAGGGCUAGUGUCAGCCCCGAGCCCAGAGCUGGGGUCUGACUCCUAGCUGCCCUUGACGGCUGCCUUCCGCACUGAGAAGCAGUGUGUGAAGGAUGCUCCUCCCCUUCCCUCUCUCCCUCCCAUUCCGCCGGCUCCCAGGGAAGGGGAGGAGCUCUCACUGGCUCAGAUGCCACCGUCGCCACGGCAACACGGCCAUACUGGGCCCAACGGACUGCGGGGCCUGGGGCUGUGACCCUGGUGGCCUCGUGGGCAGAGCCGGCAGCAUGGACAGCCUAUUUGUGGAGGAGGUGGCCGCCUCCCUGGUCAGGGAGUUCCUCAGCAGAAAGGGCCUAAAGAAGACAUGUGUGACCAUGGACCAGGAACGCCCGCGCUCUGACCUCAGCAUAAACAGCAGAAAUGACCUCCGAAAGGUUUUGCAUCUCGAGCUUCUCUACAGGGAGAACAAGGCAAAGGAAAAUCCUCUAAAAACAAGCCUUGAACUCAUCACUAGAUACUUUUUGGAUUACUCUGGAGACGUGGAUAAAAAUUUAAAACAAGAAACUCCAAUCCCUGCACUCUCAGUUCCAAAGAAAAAUAAUAAAUUGCCGAUGAGAUGCUCAGAGACCACGCUGGUGAAUAUAUAUGACCUUUCAGAUGAAGACGCAGGAUGGAGAACGUCUUUGGCAGAAACAAGCAAGGCCAGACGAGACAGUCUCGAUGGGGAUAUACCUGGUAAUUUGUCAUGCAAAAUGCCCCCACGCAAGAGUAAUCCUGGGAACAUGGUACCAGAUGAAAGCGCCCCUUUGGCAUCUGCAUGGGAGAAGGUGGACAAGCUUCACUUGCUGGAUCCAUGCACUGAUGUGAAGAGGGCAGGAGAGAAGACCAGGCCCAAGUCUGGCCUGAUUUUCCGAGGCAUGAUGGCUGGACCCAUGGCCAGCUCCUCCCAGGGUUCUUUCCGCAAACGCUCUCUAAGACGGUCUCUGGCCUCAAGCAGCAAGACUCAACCCCAGGAGGAGGAGAGCCCCAUGGUGCCUGACCUCUCAGGUGGCACCCCAGCCCACCUAGCCCCACAGGAGAUCCCUGCUUCCAACAAUGGCUCCAUCUCCAGAAGCCCCCUGGGCCAGCUUAGUGAACCAUCCAAGGAAAAGCAGAAAACCACCCCCAGCAGCCCUUCUCACCUGCCCAGCAAAGGACUGACCCCACGUGACAGAGUGCUGCCUAGAAGUCUGUCAGAGAAUGAGCCAGCAGUAGAUGGCCACACAGAGGUGGAGAGGACAACCUCAAAGUUGUACUUGCCCAGUGGGAACCCCAGGGUGACCCAGGAGAGGCUGGAAAAAGCUGUCAACCGUCAGGGCAGCCAGCCCUCACCUCUCAGGAAGAGUCAGUUACCAGCGUCCAACAAGGUGGAUGAUGAGCUGGAUGCCCUGCAGCUUGAGGACGUGGAGGAUGAGUUGAUAAGGGAAGAUGUCAUCCUGGCUCCAGCCCCGUCAAUGCUCAAGAUGCAGAUAGUGUCAAAGCCCAUUGACCUCUCAGAAGCCAAGGAAAUCAAGACCCUGCUGUUUGGUUCUACAUUUUGCUGCUUCAAUGAGGAAUGGAAGCUUCAAAGCUUUUCCUUUAGUGACACAGCCUCCUUACGAUAUGGCAUCGUGCAGAACAAGGGUGGCCCCUGUGGGGUGCUGGCGGCCGUCCAAGGCUGUGUGCUGCAGAAGCUCCUGUUCGGAGGCGAGAGUGGAGCCGACUGCUCUGUGCAGCUGCAGCCUUCAGAUGCCCUUCGCACCCGCUGCCUGGCCCUGGCCAUCGCAGACAUCCUCUGGCGGGCUGGGAGCCGGAAGCAAGCCGUGGUCACCCUGGCUUCUGGAACACAGCAGUUCAGUCCAACGGGGAAAUACAAAGCAGAUGGAGUCUUAGAAACACUCACGCUCCACAGUGUGUCCUGCUAUGAGGAACUGGUGACUUUUCUCCAACACACUGUGCAUCAGUUUGAAAUGGGCCCCUACGGAUGCAUCCUGCUCACCCUGUCUGCCAUCCUGUCCAGGUCCUUGGAGCUCAUUCGCCAGGAUUUCGAUGUCCCCACCAGUCACCUGAUUGGAGCACAUGGUUACUGCACACAGGAACUUGUCAAUCUGCUGCUGACUGGGAGAGCUGUGUCUAAUGUUUUCAACGAUGUGGUGGAGCUGGAUUCUGGGAAUGGAAACAUCACACUCCUCCGAGGCAUUGCUGCCCGCAGUGACAUUGGCUUCUUGUCUCUCUUUGAGCACUACAAUGUAUGCCAGGUCGGCUGCUUCCUGAAAACCCCAAGGUACCCCAUCUGGGUGGUCUGCAGUGAGAGCCACUUCAGCAUCCUCUUCAGCCUGCAGUCUGAGCUCCUGUCCGACUGGAGGACCGAGCGGCUCUUUGACCUGUACUACUAUGACGGCCUGGCCAACCAGCAGGAGCAGAUCCGCCUGACCAUCGACACCACGCAGACCGUCCCUGAGGAUAGCAGCGAGGGCCUUGUCCCUCCUCUGGAGCUUUGCAUCAGGACCAAGUGGAAGGGGGCUUCUGUGGACUGGAAUGGCUCAGACCCGAUCCUGUGACCCUGGAUGCAGCUAAGGUUAAUGGCUCCACUGCUCAUGCCUGGGGUGAUCCCUGAACCCCAGACCUUUGGGGCAAGUCUCUUCCAAGAAGAUAUCACCCCCACCCGAGCCAGCACUGCGCCAAGCUAGCAAAGCCUCCCUGCUCCUCCCAUGUAGGGCCACCAAGGCUGAGGCAGGCGCCCUGAGUGAGGCUGUAUUGCCUCCCCGCUGACCCUGACUGCCAAGGAGAGGAAGGAGGCCACCAGUGACUCUGCUGCUUUUGUUUGCACCCCUCCUUUGUUCCCUGCCCUCACUGAGGUCUCUCGCAUGGUUGGCCAAGGAGACCCAGGGCAAUGGUUAUUUCUGGUAGUCAGUUUUCUAUAAAGCAAGAGUCAAACCUGCA